CACACUGUUGGUUUUGUGUGUGUGUGUGUGUGUGUGUGUUCUACAGCCACAGCAUUUUCUCCAUCAGGAUCCUCAGAGUGGACGAUGUUGGAGUUCCCAGCAUCAGCGAGUUGUCUCUGUGUGACCUCGCCGCCUCUGAACGAUGUUCUCAGACUCACAACACAGGAGCGAGACUGAGGGAGGCGGGAAACAUCAACGCGUCUCAGAUGACGCUCAGGCAGUGUAUUGAUGCCAUAAGACGCAACCAGCACACCGAGGUCCAGAAACAUGUCCUGUUCAGAGAGUCUAAACUGACUCACCUCCUGCAGUUCUUCUUCUGUGGUGGUGGACGCGUCUCAAUGGUCGUCAACAUCAACCAGAGCGUGACGUCUUUCCACAGCACGCAGAGCGUCUUCAGGUUCUGUGCUCAGGCGGCUAAUCGAGCUCGAGGCUGUAGUCGACCAUCUACAGGCCCGGCUCGAGAGGGUGGAGGAGAGACAAGAGCCACCCCAGAGAAAGAAGCCCCAGAAGAAGUGGACGGCUGAGGAGCGGGCUGCUGUCAAUAGGCACGCCAUCGCUGAGAAGCGAAAUCCCACCAAAGAGGCGUGCUCAAAGUGCCUAUUGGCAGAGCCCGCUCUUCAGGCUCGGACAGUGAGGCUUCUCCAGGACCAUGUUGACAUCAACCGAGGAAAGAAAAGAUUUUAAAUGAAAUAUUUUUAAGGUUUUUUUUUAAAAAAAAAAAAAAAAAAAAUGUUAUGUUAUACAAUAAAGAAUCUUGAAACAAACACUGCUUCUGACCGAGGAACGUGAAGGUUUUCCCGGCGUUGGUGACUGCGUAGGUGAACACCAGACAGUUCUCGCCCUCCAGAACGUCCCGGACCAGACCACGGACAGAACCCUCGAAACACGUUCCUCUGACUGGACUCUGGACCAAACACCUGGACAACAACAUGAACACAGGG